UCCUGCCCGCGCUCCUCCUCCGGCUUCCCCAGGCCCCGAACAACUGGCGGCACCCGCUCCGACCCCUCUCACUCAGCGCGGCCCGAGCCCGGCGGGACGUGCCCGGAGGAGAGGUGAAGGGUUCCUAGAAGAUGGGUGAUUGGGAAUUCCUGCAGAAACUGCUGGACCAAGUCCAGGAGCAUUCGACUGUGAUCGGGAAGAUCUGGCUCACCGUGCUCUUCAUCUUCCGCAUCCUCAUCCUGGGCCUGGCCGGGGAGUCCGUGUGGGGGGACGAGCAGUCGGAUUUCGUGUGUAACACCAAGCAGCCGGGCUGCACCAACGUCUGCUAUGACAAAGCCUUCCCCAUCUCCCACAUCCGCUACUGGGUGCUGCAGUUCCUCUUUGUCAGCACCCCAACCCUGAUUUACCUGGGUCACGUUGUCUAUCUCUCCCGGAAGGAGGAGAAGCUGAAGAAGCAGGAGAGCGAGCUUCGGGCUAUCCACAGCAAGGACCCAAAGAUCGCGCAGGCCCUGGCAGCCCUGGAGAAGAAGAUGUCCAAGAUCUACACUUCAGAGAGCGGGCGGCUCAAGAUCCGAGGGGCGCUGAUGUGGACGUACAUCACCAGUGUCAUCUGCAAGAGCAUCUUUGAGGCCGGUUUCCUGGUGGGCCAGUGGUACCUGUACGGCUUCUCCAUGGUGCCCCGCUACGUGUGCAAGAGGGACCCCUGCCCCCAUCAGGUGGACUGCUUCAUCUCCCGCCCCACCGAGAAGAGCAUUUUCAUCAUCUUCAUGCUGGUGAUGGGCCUGAUCUCCUUGGUCCUGAACCUCCUGGAGCUCUUCCACCUCUGCUGCAAGAACCUGCUUAGCAACAUCAAGAAGGUGUCGGGGCCAGCCGGACCGAGCCAGGACACCUUUGUGGAUGACAUGGUCCCGAGUCCCUACAUGCCCAAGCACUAUCCCUUCCUGCCCAUGGCCGAGAGCCACGCGCCCUCCUACCAGACCUACAACAAGCUCUCCAGCGAGCAGAACUGGGCCAACUACCGCAACGAGGAGAACCUGGCACUGGGCAGCGGCAGCAGGCCCCUGGCAGACCCCUACACCCCCCGACCUGCUGAAGCCUCCGCCCCGGAGGAGAAGCCGGGCAGCCGGCCCGGGAGCUCAGCAUCCAAAAAGCAAUACGUGUAGUGCUGGGCUGGCCCUGGCUGGCAGGGGGACAUUCCUCAGUCCCUUGUGCCUGCAAAGGUGCUGGCUGUGGGCAGGCAGCUGCCUCCUGCCUGGUGCUGUGCCGUGCACAUUCCCCUCUCCAGAGAGCUGCCCACCCUGGGACGGGAUGCUCGGGAGCGCGGCCGUGGAGCGCUGCCUCUGCUCUCG